AUGCCAAUCAAAUUUGUGGAUUUGGCGGGAGUACUGACAGUUUGUUGGGCCGUUGGGUCUGGGUCUACUUUAUCUGGAGUGGAAAUGCCAAAGAAACAAGUGGAUCAGCGUGCGAGAAAAAAUCCCUCCUUCGGUAAUGAACACACCUUCCUACCCAGUGGAUCGGGAGCCAAAAAAUUAGAACAUAAAAAGAAAAGAAAUAUGAAAACGAGAAAUGGAAACGAAAAUAGAGAAGAUGAAGGAAACAUAUCGAGACUGGACUAUGAAUUAAGUUCUUAUGGGGAUUUGUUGAUCAGAGCUAUGAAGCCAAUUCGUGGCCAGAAACAGCUCUUGAAACGCCUUUAUUCGGAUGUCAGUGAAGUAUUGGAGAAAUGUACAGUCAACGAACUCAGGCGUGCCGUUUACGAACCUUCUUUUAUUACCUCAUUGGAGGUUCUUAGCUGUUAUUCGAUGAAACUAUUCUGCAAAUCAUUUAAUUUCUUGCCAAGUAGUUCGAUUUGUAGAAAGCUGUUCGAUUUUUUCAGAAUCUUUAAGAUUGUUAAUAUUUCUUUAUCUACUCAGGGCAAAAAACUGGCAGCUCAUUUUAUUUCAAAAAUUGGUAUUGACAAAUUCUGGAUGUUGGUCAAGAAAGUGGUUACAUCCGAGAAAACCAGCAAAAUGCAAUGUGUCAGUUAUGGUGAGGUUUUAUUAUUGGCUUGGAAAAAUGCUGUGAAGGAUGGUAUCCAUACACUGCAGCAUCGGUUGGAAAGAAUUUUUAUGGACAUUGUCUAUUAUGCCUUACAGCAUCUUCACUAUAAUAAAAAAUUUAUGGCGAUGCUCGAAUCUUUCGGAAAAGCAAGAAGCAAACAGAUUGAUGCAAUGAUAUAUCGUACAUUCGAGCCGAAUUUGUGGCGUUGUCUAAAGGCGGCCAAUGAAACGGUGCGAUACAAUGCUUGCUGCUUAUUUUUGCCAUUCUAUCCAUUUGUUUCAGAUGAUGAUAUCGAAAAUGCGGAAAAUGUUAAUAUGCAACAAGGAAUAAUUAUCGAUCUUUUGAAAGACGACAGCUAUGGAAUUCGGUCUGAAGCUUGUAGACGAACAUUAUUCAUACUGAGCACUUAUUUUGACACAUUUCCUUUUGAUUUUAUCAAGCAGUGUUUGACGCAGAUUAUCGACAUUUUAUCAGUGGAUAGCAUUGUUAGUGUAAGAAUAGCAGUUUACGAAGGAAUGCGCGAUCUUUUACGUUGCGGAAGUGCUCUAAAUGCUUGUGAACGGGCCUUAAAAUGCUUAUUUGAUAACAAAGGGAUCAAUGAUCGUUGCGACCAUGUUCGACUGGUUGCGUUUGAACUACUGAAUGCAUUAGUAGGUCACCGUUUCAUCAAGCUUAGCGAAGUAGUGAAGAUGGAUCGCAUUUUGAAGGUGUUUGCGCUUGAGGAAUCUGACAUGGUUCGGAAAGAGAUUGCGAAAUUGCUGCUGCCGUUUUAUAUGAAACCAGGAUUGAGUCCAGAUGAGGUGAUCCGUCGCAUAAUUGUUAUGGGACGUGAGAGUGAAAUCGCUGCUCUAUCUUUUCAUCAUAUAGUUGUUGCUGAAAAUUUAAUGUCAGUCGAACAUGCUGUUCAACAUGAAAAAUCAUUGGUACUUGCUGUAUAUAAAACAUUGCGUUCAUUGGAAGGAAUUGAUGGUUGCGAAACAGAUGAGACGGUGUCCAUGUGCUCAGAAGCGACUAUGUGUGAAACAUUCAUUGAGCCAAUUCAAGAUGAAACAAAUGAAAAAUUCGAGCUUUGGCGUUCAUCGCAUUUGCUGCUAAAUUGUUUGGUGGUAAUGUGGCUUCCGCUACGUCUUAUUUUGGACGAUGAAAAGUAUGAGAAGGAAAAUGAAAAUCUGAGGAGACUUCUCACUAAAUUAUUCAAAUUUGCAUUUUUGCGUUAUCGAAAUACGUCGAUUUUGGAAGCAGUGAUGCAUUUGGGCAAAACUUUGGACGAUUGGAAAGAGGGAAGAGUAUUGGUAUUGCAGGAAUUAU